UUUAAUCCGUUAAACACAGAGAGAAAUGCACCUUCUCUCUUCUCCCCCUCCUCCCUCAAACCCCAACUUCACUGUCUUCUCCUGCACCUCCCAAAACCCUAACAACCACUCCAAGUUUGCCUUCAAAAUCCCCACUUUGCCCCUCCACUCUUCCCCUUAUUCCCUCUCAGCCCCUCCACGCUGCUCCAUCCGGGACUCCUCCGUACCAGUCCUCGACCAGACCACACUCCCCUCUUCCGACUCCUCCAACGACGCCGUUUCGAAAGAACAGAGCCAAAGCAAUGCCGUGCUGCCCGAGGCAGAGUCGUCAAAAAGAGUGCUCGUGGUUCGCCGGCCGGCCAUGGAAGUCUCCGGCGACGGCGACGGCGACGGUGGUGAGGAGGCACCGACGGCCCUCGAUGCAGGGCUUGCCGAGUUGGCGAAGAAGAUGCCGAUAUUCGAGCCGGAACAGAAGGCUGAAUCGGGUGUGAAAGAGAAGCCAUUGUCGGUGAACUUGGACUUGGCGUUGUAUAGAGCUAAGAUCUUGACCAGAAACUAUCGAUACGCUGAAGCAGAGAAAUUACUUGAAAAGUGUAUAUAUUAUUGGCCUGAAGAUGGAAGAGCGUACGUGGCGCUGGGGAAGGCCUUAAGCAAACAAUCGAAGACGGCCGAAGCUCGAGCUGUGUAUGAGAAAGGCUGCCAAGCUACUCAAGGAGAAAAUCCAUACAUUUGGCAGUGCUGGGCUGUUUUGGAAAAUAAGAUGGGAAAUACAAGGAGAGCAAGGGAAUUAUUUGAUGCGGCCACGGUUGCUGAUAAGAGGCACAUUGCUGCCUGGCAUGGGUGGGGAGUUCUAGAGCUAAAGCAGGGAAAUAUAAAAAAGGCAAGGCAUCUGCUUGCUAAAGGUCUAAAAUUUUGUGGAGGGAAUGAGUACGUGUACCAGACACUUGCAUUGCUGGAAGCUAAAGCGAAUCGCUAUGAGCAGGCUCGAUAUUUGUUCAGGCAGGCCACCAAGAGCAAUCCCAAAAGCUGUGCCAGUUGGCUUGCAUGGGCUCAAUUGGAGAUGCAACAGGAGAACAAUCGUGCUGCCAGGCAACUCUUUGAGAAAGCGAUACAGGCAAGCCCCAAGAAUAGGUUUGCAUGGCAUGUUUGGGGAAUGUUUGAAGCUAAUAUUGGUGACGUUGACAAAGCAAGAAAGCUUUUAAAGAUAGGUCAUGCGCUCAAUCCGAGGGAUCCAGUUCUGCUUCAGUCCCUUGCUUUAUUAGAAUAUAAAAACUCAACUGCAAAUCUUGCUCGACAGUUGUUCAGGAGAGCAUCUGAGUUGGAUCCCAGGCAUCAACCAGUAUGGACGGCUUGGGGAUGGAUGGAAUGGAAAGAAGGAAACAUAGAGACAGCAAGGAAAUUAUACCAAAAAGCAUUGUCCAUCAACUCAACCAGUGAAACUGCUGCUCGUUGCCUGCAGGCUUGGGGAGUUCUGGAACAGAGAAAUGGUAACCUAUCAGCUGCCAGGAGAUUGUUUAGGUCCUCCCUUAAUAUAAAUUCUCAGAGUUAUGUCACAUGGAUGACAUGGGCAUCAUUAGAGGAAAAUCAAGGAAACUCUGUACGUGCAGAGGAAAUUCGUGACCUCUAUUUCCAGCAGCGCAUUGAAAUUGUGGAUGAUGCUUCAUGGAUUAUGGGAUUCUUAGACAUUAUAGACCCCGCGCUUGACCGUAUAAAGAGUCUCUUGAAGUUGGACCAGAAUUCACAACAAAUACAACAGGAUUCUCUGAGAACAAUAACAGGAGCAAAUGAAAAUAAUAUCGAUGAAGAGUCGGCUGGCCCUUCCUCUAAAAGAAAUGACAUGGAAAGUGAGAGUGGUUUUGAUGUGGAUGCUUUUGUUACAGAAAAAUUAUCUCUAGACCCAUCCAUGCUAGAAGUUCAGAUGGAAACCUCACGGCCUUUUGUACUAAACAGAACAAGAGCGAAAGUAUUAUAGUGAUUUGCCAAAUGGAGAAGAACCUGUUACAUAGUACAGAAAACAUUAGAGCAUUUUAAUCGUAUAUAUGACAGGGCCUCUUGUGGGUUUUGUGGUUUGUAUCUUGAAAUUUGAGGCUGAGGGCUCGCCUUGUAUAUUUCAUACCUCGGAGUAAGGUAACUUGAUAUGCAAGUAAAACUUGUAAUUUACUGGACAACACAGAAAAACCAUUUGCAUUGGGCUUCAGCCUUCAAUGAU